AUGAACGGAGACCCUCAACCCUGCGGCUUCCUGCACGYGCUGGAAUCCCGAGUGCUUUCGGGCUGUGCCAUCAUCGUGCGGGGGCAGCCGCGYGGGGGGCCGCCCCCCGAGCGCCAGAUCAACCUGAGCAACAUCCGCGCCGGGAACCUGGCGCGCCGCGCGGCCGCCGGCCAGCCCGACGCCAAGGACACCCCCGACGAGCCGUGGGGCUUCCCCGCGCGCGAGUUCCUGCGCAAGAAGCUCAUCGGCAAGGAGGUGUGCUUCACCGUGGAGUACAAGACGCCGCAGGGCCGCGAGUACGGCAUGGUGUACCUGGGCAAAGACACCAGCGGCGAGAACAUAGCCGAGUCGCUCGUGGCCGAAGGACUGGCCUCCCGCCGCGAAGGAAUCCGAGCCAAUAAUCCCGAGCAGAACAGGCUGGCGGAGCUGGAGGAGCAGGCGAAAUCCGCCAAGAAGGGCAUGUGGAGCGAGGGCACGGGCUCGCACACCAUCCGGGACCUCAAGUACACCAUCGAAAACCCUCGCCACUUUGUGGACUCCAUGCACCAGAAGCCGGUCAAUGCCAUCAUCGAGCAUGUCCGGGAUGGCAGCGUGGUGAGAGCCCUCCUCCUCCCAGAUUACUACCUGGUCACUGUCAUGCUCUCGGGCAUCAAGUGCCCCACGUUCAAGCGGGAGGCGGACGCCACCGAGGUGCCCGAGCCGUUUGCGGCGGAAGCCAAGUUCUACACGGAGUCCCGGCUGCUGCAGAGGGAUGUGCAGAUCGUCCUGGAGAGCUGCCACAACCAGAACAUCCUGGGCACCAUCCUGCACCCGAACGGGAACAUCACGGAGCUGCUGCUGAAGGAGGGCUUUGCCCGCUGCGUGGACUGGUCCAUCGCCGUGUACACCCGCGGCGCCGACAAGCUGCGCGCCGCCGAGCGGUACGCCAAGGAGCGCAAGCUGAGGAUCUGGAGGGACUACGUGGCCCCCACGGCGAACCUGGACCAGAAGGACAAGCAGUUCGUAGCCAAGGUGAUGCAGGUGCUCAACGCCGACGCCAUCGUGGUCAAGCUGAACUCGGGCGACCACAAGACCAUCCACCUGUCGAGCAUCCGCCCGCCGCGGCUCGAGGGCGACAGCGCGCAGGACAAGAACCGCAAGCUGCGGCCGCUCUACGACAUCCCUUACAUGUUCGAGGCCCGCGAGUUCCUGCGCAAGAAGCUCAUCGGCAAGAAGGUGAACGUCACCGUGGACUACAUCCGACCGGCCAGCAGCGCCACCGAGACCGUGCCCGCCUUCUCCGAGCGCACGUGUGCCACCGUCUCCAUCGGAGGCAUCAACAUCGCCGAAGCCCUGGUCAGCAAGGGCCUGGCCACCGUCAUCCGCUACCGGCAGGACGACGACCAGCGCUCCUCGCACUACGACGAGCUGCUGGCCGCCGAGGCCCGGGCCAUCAAGAACGGCAAGGGCUUGCACAGCAAGAAGGAGGUGCCAAUUCACCGGGUGGCCGACAUCUCCGGGGACACGCAGAAGGCCAAGCAGUUCCUGCCGUUCCUGCAGCGCGCCGGCCGCUCCGAGGCCGUGGUGGAGUACGUGUUCAGCGGCUCCCGCCUCAAGCUCUUCAUGCCAAAGGAAACCUGCCUCAUCACCUUCCUGCUCGCAGGUAUCGAGUGUCCGCGCGGCGCCAGGAACCUGCCGGGGCUGGUGCAGGAGGGAGAGCCCUUCAGCGAGGAGGCCACGCACUUCACCAAGGAGCUGGUGCUGCAGCGCGAGGUGCGUUGA